AUGCCUGUCAGACGAAGACCUGUCCACUCGUUUUGGCGGAGGCAUGGAAUAGAAGUAGCCAUUUUGAUAUUUUGCUGCUGUUUAUGGAUUAUGUACAUCUGUGUGCACGAGCCGCAACUGAAAACCUCGGUGAUGAAUAGUCUUGGGUGGACACCGACGGAACUUCGAAGCAGUGUACCGCCAAUAAGCCACUAUGCUCGAUAUGACAUCAAUGGUUACAUCAAGGCGAAAUUUGAUAAUUCGUGUUACGUACCGAACACGGACGAUUUGAGCCAGCGAGUGCUUGUCGAUAAAAAAACACUAAAAACACGCGGAUGUUCGCAGCAACUGCCGCAAGCUAUAUUGACUGGUGUUCGUAAAUGUGGCCUCGGACGGAUACUUCAGUUUUUACGGUUCCAUCCCAACGUCGAGAUGCGCUCCGAGCUCGUGCCGCUCGAGUUAUUCAGUGGCUCGUACGAUAAGGGGUUGGAGCUGUAUCGGAAACAGAUGCCCUAUACGACGGAGAAACAACUAACCAUCGAGCGAACCCCUGAAUAUUUUGUUAUCCCACACGAUGUACCUAAAAGGAUUCAUGACGAAAUAUCUCCACGUAUUAAAAUAAUCGCGGUGAUUUGUGACCCAGUAAAGCGGGCCAUAUCAGAGUACGUGCAAGCGAAGGCGCGUGGCGGAGAAAGUGACCAGCAGUCAAAAGUUGGCAAGACGUUCGAAGAGACUGUUAUUGAGCAAGAACGACAAGGUAACGUGAACCACCUUAAUACGAUUAUAGACAGCAGCUUGUAUUUUAAGCAUUUCUUAAGGUGGUUGCAGUACUUUCCACAAGAACAAUUUCACCUUAUUGACAGCCGUGAGUUGAUCGAUCGCCCGGCCAGCGCUCUGCAGAAACUCGAAGAUUUCCUCGGCCUUCCGCGUUACUUCGCAAGUGAACACUUCGGCGAUGCCAAUGAGAAAAAAACAGGACAACAGUGCUUAGUGUUUCCCGAAAAUAUCUGCGUUAAACCAAAGAAAAACAAGAAACGACGAAAACGACCAGAAGUGGACGAGGACACUAAACAGAAACUAUACCAAUUUUUUGCACCAUACGAUCGUUCCUUGUCGGAUAUGUUUAAAAAGCCAUUUUCGUGGUCUGAAAACUACGGUGAGAACCAGGGACUCAUGAAGGAGGCUCCCGCAAAAUAA